AGUGAAAUAAUUCAUGCAGAUUGAACAUCAUUACAGUGCCUAGAACGUAGUCAAUACUCCAGGAUAGAUCCAAUUAAGAGUGAUUUUGUUUUUACUUAAAUGCUAGGAGCACCCCAUGCCUUGGGUCGGCUCACUACAAAUGAGUGUAUCUCAGAAUCUCCCCAGAGAAGGGCUGCUCAGGUCAAAACAGAUGAUGUGAUGAAGUGGGGGCACAGAGACCCCAAGAUGGGUGGGGCCUGGGGCCUGGGCCAGGGGAGACAGCACCUGUGACCAGCAUGGAACACAAGGAAUGUUCCAUGGGAGGAUUGUUAGGAAUGAUGCUCCCUAAAAGUUUCCCUCCCUCCAGUCCAGAUGGCUCCCCCGACACUCAAUGUGACCAAGAGCAGAGACGGCUACAUCCUGCACUGGAGAGCAGAGGAAAUGAUCUACAAACACAUAGGUCACACCUUCCAAGUCCAGUACAAGAAAGAUGCAGCCUCAUGGGAGGAGAGCAAGACAGCGUCCCUCCAGAACGCCCACAGCAUGUCCCUGCCACAACUGGAGGCCUCCACCGGGUACCAGGCGAGGGUGAGGGUCAAGCCCGCCCCCGGUGGCUACAACGGGAUCUGGAGCGAGUGGAGUGAGGAGCGCUCCUGGGUCACCGAGUGGGGUAUGUCUCCCCGGCCUCCACCCACCCUCCUGCUGCAGCCCAGCUAGGCAGAG